AUGGCCAUGGCGGCUCUGCAGAAAUGCUGGGAAAUGUCCACCAAUAAAGACGAUCAACCCACAGCAAAUCUUUGGACUUGGAAACUCCAAGUUGUCUCCCUGCUGCUGCCAGGGAAGAACGAUGGGAAAAAACACGUGAAGUUCAUUUCUCCAGAGUUUGAACUCAUUGACAAGAACAACCUAAACAAAGCAUCCGUGGCCACACAGUCCUGGAUUAAGUGCAUGGGCAAGAGGCAGUUCAGCGGGCUCAACACCACUCUAAUCAUCCUCUUCUGCUUGAUGUUGGUUGUAACCUGUGUCCUUAUUGGGCUCUUAGCGUCAGGACAGUCUGGAGUCAAAACGACAGCCUCCAGUUUAAACUACAGAGUGGAUGUGAAACAGAACCCCUUUGGCAUUGUGGUGACCAGAGUGAGCAACGAUAGAGUGCUGUUUGAUACUACCAUAGGACCACUGCAGUACGCCGACCAGUUUUUACAGCCCUCAAUCAAACUGCCGAGCAGCAACAUUUAUGGUGUGGGAGAGCACAUGCACAAGCAGUACCAGCAUGAUGUUAACUGGAAAACCUGGCCCAUAGAUUGCAGUGUUGGGUUGAUGUGUGGCAAGGAAAUGCAUAACUUAUAUGGAGUUCAAACUUUCUUCCUGUGUUUGGAAGACAGCACUGGAGCCUCCUUUGGUGUUUUCCUAAUGAAUAGCAAUGCCAUGGGUUUCACCAUAGCCUUAAAUAUGUGA